GCAACUUGAUGCUCUGGUCGUAAAUCUGAUACUCUAUGUUACGAAUUACCUUAUUUCCUGGUGCAAAUUUUAUGUUUCCUUGAUUUGUUUUACAGUUACUUGCUGUAGAUAGAUUGAAAAUUGAAGUUCGCCAUCAAUACUUAAAGUCUAUAGGCUCGGGAUUUGCAUUUGGCGUAACCUUGUAGGUAACUGUCUGUUUGAUAUCGUAGUUAUUUCUGUGUUUCACUAAUACUAAACUAUUAACUCUAUUUUCAAGGGCUUACGUUUUUUAUUGGUUGACAAAUAUUAACGGUUUCUUGUUUUCAUUAUUCGCUGCAAAUCUCGGUAAUAUUGAGCACUGAGAUUUGCAUAACGAAAUGAACUUGGGUUGAUGAAUCAGUAGGAAAUUUCUUUUCUAUAAGACAACUUCAUGUGCCUUUUUAUGCACUGUUUGCGGUCUCUAGCCAUAAUUACUUUCUGACAACUCCUUCAAUUAUUUCUCAAUAGUGAUUAUUCGUCAGAAAAUGGGAUUUUAAAACGUUUGUCGAUAAUGAAGUAACUUUUGUAUUGGCCAGAACAACCCAAUAAAUUCGAGGUGAGCCUGACUGUGAUGGCCGGCCGUUUUUUUAGUUAAACUGUCUCAAGAGAUCGCAAGUUGCAUUUGCCAAAUCGAGUAUCGUUCAACUCGAAUUUUUUUUAAACAAAUGCUCGUGUAUACUACCUUUAUUUGAUUGACUACCUCGUUCCACAUCAGUUUUAUUGUCAAUAUUUUCACCAUUUAGAAGUCUCCCACUCUGAAACACAUAAAUGUUUAGUCGCGUACCUUUAGCUGAUGAUUUUAACCAUCUCGCGCUUUGUGCUCGUGCAACUUUAUCUCACCAGGCUGAAAAAAAGAUUCACUCAAUUCUGAAUUGUGGACAACUUUCAUUCAGGAGUAAUUUAGGUAACUCUAAGGAUGAAAUUAUGCAUAUACAGCAAAUUGUUACCAGUAAUAAUGGAAAUAUUAAUCCUAGUAUAAUACCUACUAAUAGUGGAAAUAAUACCAUUACUGCUACUACUACUACUUCCAACAAUAAUGUCCAAUCAAAUCGAUGUGUAACUGUACGUCAUUCAACUAAUUCUAAUGAACGUGUAAAACGACAUCAUUGUACAGAUUGUUCAAAAUCGUUUCAUCGUGCCAGUGAUCUAGUUAAACAUCGUCGUACUCAUACAGGUGAAAAACCAUUUGCUUGUAUGCAAUGUGGUCGAGCGUUUGCCGAUUCAAGUAGUUUAUCUGCGCAUAAACGAAUACACACUGGAGAACGUCCAUAUCAUUGUUGUGAUUGUGGCAAAAGUUUUUCCGUAUCAAGUAGUCUGGUAAAACAUAGACGAAUACAUACCGGUGAAAGACCGUAUCGUUGUGAAUUUUGCGGCAGAUCAUUUUCCGAUAACAGUAGUUAUAGCGCACAUAAAAAACGUAGUCAGCGGUGUACACCUAUUACCAGUAGUAAUAACAACAAUGCAUUUAGUCUUGUUGGUAAUGUAGGAGAUUGUGAAAAAACAAAGUGUGAGGGUUGUGCUUUUCUCGAUCCACAUACACAAGCAGUUAUACAUCCUGCAGCGGCGGCAGCAGCUGCCGCUGUAUCUGUUGAACACUUUUUAACGAAUUCAAAUAUUGGUAUGUCUAAAAUAAAUGGUGGUGAAUUUUGUCCAACUUCUUUAAAUUUAACAUUUCCUAAUCCACCAAAUACGAAUACUAUGCCAGCUACAGCAUUAACAUGAAUUACAUUGAAAAUUGUUGCAUUUGACAUAAUAAUGUAUAAAUAUGAUUUUAGUAGUACAUAUAUAAUGUUUACUUUUACCUUACUGAACCUAUUAGAAAUGGACACUUUUAAUUCACUACGACAAUCAUUUGUGUUUUAAAUUUCCAGUAAUAUCAACAUAUAAGUAUUACCAGAACUAAUACAUUUGCUCAUUUUUUCGCGAUACGCUCAUUUCAUUUUUCGUAAUUUACUCAUCCUUUCAAACUGUGUCCACAUGUUUUUGCUCUUUGUGGGAAAUUAUAAAAAAAAUUAUUGUGUGAGUGAUGAAUAUGUUGUUUGAAGUUAAAUAUACUACUUACAAAUAAGCAUAUGUAUUUGCAAGUUGGUUUUCAUGUCACUUUCAUUGUUUAUUAGAAUAUUAUUACAGUUUUUCUUUGUUACGAUUAUAUAUCACCAAACAUUAUUCUGGUGUGUAUACAUCCUAUUGUGUUUCUGAUUUUUGAUUUCUACAAGUUCUUAUGCAUAAAUAUUUAUAUGUUGCAUAAGUAUUAUUUCAAAUAUCACUUAUUGUUUUAUCAGUUAAUCGUUG